CUUCUUCCGCUUCUGCUUUUGCAAAGCAGAAGCUCAAACACAAUUUGGGAUUUAAAAGGCUGGUGCUGUCAGCGGGGUCGGCUUCAGUCUUUUUAGCAGCGGGCACUGUCAGCACCAUGGAUCUGAAGGAUUCUCAAGUGAAGGGAGGCGUGCUGAUCGUCCACGAGAUCCGUGAAGGAAAGCACCAGUAUGAAGUGGAAAAUGUGAUGAAGUACAAAAAAAAAAGGAGUGGAGAAAAGGAAUUUGUCAGGAGAGGAGACACAAUCGUGCAGAUAAACGGCAUGGACUUGCAGGAUGUCACACCCGAGGAUUUGGCAGAAAUGCUAGCUAAAGAAACUCCGAUGCUAACGGUGCACAAGGCCGGCAAGGGAAAGGAUCACUCUGACAUGUCCUUACCGUCUGAGGAUACUUUGCGUCCCGUGUCCAAGGAAUCUACAAUACUCAGUUUCAGCAUGGAAAUGAGGAGGGAGGAAGACUUGGAAGAGAAUGCAGUGGAGCAGGACGGGUCAAAGAAGGAGGACGGGGGGAUAGAGGAAAAUGUUUGUGGAGCUGAAAACAACGAGUAUGGGGAGAGAGGGGAUCUGCUGAUAAUUUCCAUGAGUAAAACCAGCAUCUCUGUGGUGAGAGGGAGGGGCUGCGAGUCUGGAAGCCCCUGUCAGGGUUGUCAUGGGACAGGGUGUACCUUUAAUGAUGUUGUCAUGGUGUCAGAAUCCAGCAAGGUUGUGCUCGUUUCAAGAGGAGGGGGAAGUUUCCGACAGCUGAAGUCUUUGAAAACUCCAAUCGAACAUGUGCCCUCUCGACAUUACCUCAAGCGUCUCUGUUCGGAGGGGAACCUCUUUGCUUCACCAAAUCCAGAGGAUAUGACCAUAUACAUCUACAAGUCGACCAGUCUCGAGGACAAAGGAAUGCCAGUGGUCCUAAACUUUAGCAAGACUAUCUCCUUCCUCAGGUGCUGCAAGAAUGGGGAGCGGGUUUUCCUUCAAGUGGAGAAAUGCGAGAAGCAGAAGCUGAAGAAGAUCUCCAUGAAUGACGAGUGUACGCUGUCCUUCCUCUUCUACAUGAAUACCGACCAGACGAAACAGCGGAGGUUUGAGUCAGCGCUGCACGGCGGCUGGUUUAUUCAGAUCAACACCACCGGCACCACCGAGAAAGUGGAGAUGGCAACCAUGGAUGGUGGGAUGGAAGAAGAACAGUUCCUCUUUAUCAUCCAGACAAAUAAGAAAUGAUGAAUAGUCACUUUCUUCUUAGCAUAUUAUCAGUUCUCAGACAAGUUUUCUACUUAGAAUUGUGAAUUGUAUUUGUGAAACAUGAGGGGAGCUCCUUUUGUCCAGUGAUUAAUUGUCACUGAGUCAAAUUCUGCUAUUGCAGAAGUGUGUAGAUAUGCAUCAUACAACUAUAUCUAAUAAAUCAUGUUUUUUGUGUGUACUUUUAUGUUUUUUUUACUUCCAUUUUUACAAGCAUGAAUAUUUUUGGUAAAGGGGCUGUAACUUUGUGAAAAGAGGUGUAUUGAAUGUCAAGAUGAAGUGUCAAUAACUUUAUUUAUUCAACACUUUAUAAUAUACAUCAUCGAGGGGUGAGCAAAAUUUACAAAAAAGAUAUAAACUAUAAACACGAGUUUAUUGUAUUAACAAAAGUGUAAUUUGGGUUGAAUCUAUACAAUGAUAUUUGGAAAAUGCUUGUUAUUUUAUAUUUUAUUAUCAACACAUUUAGAAGUACCACCCAUUAGAAUACUUUGAUAUUUGUCAUACAUUUGUAACCCCUUGUAUUUUGUGUAUUUUACAAUAAUAAAAAUGUUAAGUCCCUAACCACCAAGUUUUUGGACGUAAAAUA